AUGUCGCUGAUCCGCGGUUAUUUCGGGGAUUUCGGGGACGUGGCGCCUUCGUUUCCCGCCAAUUCGCCGUUCGUGGUGUCGCACACUGCCGACGCGUCAUUUCUGGACAUAACCGCGGUUAUGGACCCGCUGUCGGUGGACGCGCAGCGAAUUCUCGGCGUUCUUUUAGAAUUCCGCAAGAUCGUCCCGAUUUCGUACCAAUUGCUUCUGGUGCCGUCCCGCGAUUAUUCGGAGCUGCCGUUGAAGCGGUUCUACCGGUUCGUGGGGAGCGACGGGGAGCAGGCGACGUGGUUCAACCUGCCUUCGCACUAUUUGUACACCAUGUCGAUCGAAACGCCCUUCAAGUGGAACACAAUCGCGUACUACGCGGAGUGUGACCUGGAUAACUUGCGGGUUUUGGACGAUACGACAUACAUUUUGGCACAAUAUUUCGUGGACGCGUUGAUCAUUGAGGGAUCGUGUUUCGACCGUGAAACGCACGAACCGGCUUCCAGGGUCAUGCUGAAAAUGAGCCAUUUCGGAGAUGGUGCGAUGGAGAGUGAUACGGUCGUGAUGAAUGACCGCGGUUAUUGGCAGUUGCGGGGAAACACGGGAUUGUUCGAGAUCGCGCCUUCCAGGGGUUCUGCAGAUACAGUAGAUACAAUAGACUCAGUAGACUCGAAAGAUUCAAUGAAUGAACAAACAAGGAAUGAAAAUAGCGAACACGCGGGAGACGCAGCGAAAAAACUCUUCAAGAAUCUCAAAUCGAAAUUGUUUUCCUUUGCAUCCCACAAUGAAAUGAAUGAAUUGAAUAAAGUCAUCGAUUCCGAAGCCGAAGCCAAUGAUGAUGAUGAUGAUGAUGAUGAUGAUGAAGAAAUUAACGUGUUUUCGCUUGCUUCUGGACAUCUCUACGAACGUUUCUUAAAAAUCAUGAUGCUUUCCGUCAGUCGAAGUUCUUCCAAAAAACUCCACUUUUGGCUCAUCGAAAACUUCCUUUCUCCCCAAUUCAAAGCAUUUUUUCUUUUCGUGUUUCACACACAGGAUAUUGUUCCCGAGCUUUGCCGCCAUUUUGGAUAUAAGGUUUCUUACGUUUCCUACAAAUGGCCACGCUGGGUAUAUCCCCAAACCGAGAAGCAGCGCAUUAUUUGGGCCUACAAAAUCCUUUUCCUCGACACGCUUUUCCCUCUUCGCGUCAAAAAAAUUAUUUACGUGGAUGCGGACCAAGUAAGUCGUGUCGACCUCUCGGAGCUGUGGGAUAUGGAUAUUCACGACUGCGUCUACGCCUACACGCCGCUCUGCACAUCCAAUCAAGAAACAAAAGGAUUUAUGUUCUGGACCCAGGGAUUCUGGAAGGAACAUCUGCAAGGAAAGCCGUAUCACAUCAGCGCUUUGUAUAAGGUGGAUCUCGAGUUGCUCCGAAAACGAGGCGUGGGCGAUAUUCUGAGGCGUGUGUACAAUCAGUUGGCACCCGAUCCGAACUCGUUGUCGAAUCUGGACCAAGAUUUGCCGAACUUCAUUCAAGAACAGGUGCCGAUCUAUUCGUUACCACAGGAAUGGCUUUGGUGUGAAAGUUGGUGUAGCAUGGAAACGAAGGAAAAGGCGAAAACGAUUGAUUUGUGUAAUAACCCGAUGCACAAGGAGCCCAAGUUGGAUAUGGCCAAGAGAGUCAUUUCUGGACCAUUAUUUAACCAGAGUUGGAUUAGUUUAGAUGAGGAAAUCCAUCAUUUUGAAGAUGGUGUUUCCGGGGGUAAUCAGAGGCAGCCUAUGCAGUUUUUGCGUGUUUGUUUGAAUAAGGAGAGGGAAUUGUGGGGUAAUCGUUGUGGUGAACUGAAAAGUGAUAAAACGUAUGAAAAAAUGCAAAAAUGA